UACCUCCACACAUGCAUUGCACGAACAAAUUUCGGCAUUGCAGAUCAUCAGCCGACCGUUGGUGACGAGAACCAACCAACUUUCAUUGACAAGUUUGUCUGGCGAGCUGUGGCACGUGGAAGCUCUUCCUGCUGCAGUCAGCGCGCAGCUCGGGUCGCCGACUGUCGAAAGUUGUCUUUGGAUGAGUUGUCGUUCCACUCUAAAGUAAUUAAGACAGCUGAUUCCAACAGAAUGAUCCGUCUCCCUUUUGGCGAUGGUGUUCCUGCAGUCCAUCAACGCUCCUCAGUGCCCCGAAGCCGACGAUUUUUGGACAUCUUCACUUACCUACUUCUCGCCUGCUGUGUCCAGCUGCCCGAAUCGGAGUGA